AUGAGAAUUGACGUCACAAGUAAACCUUCGAAAAUGCACGCGAGACUUGGUGCGAGAAAUAACAAAAGCACGUGUUUCCGGUUAUCAACAACAUUUAAUCGCACAGUUUAUCAUGAAAUCAAACAGUUUUUAACGUCCAUUUUACAGGUCCAAAACCAAGGACGCUUUACAAUCAAAAUGGAGUCAUCGACUGUGUCGUCUUUGGUUCAUAUGAUACAGACUUACGGUGAAACAUCAGCAUUAAAGACUUGCAUCGAAAAGAUCAGCAAGAAAUCCAUUGAACAGUAUAAAGGUGAAAAUGGAAUGGAUGUGCUGCAUUAUGCUAUUAUAGCGAAUAACAUGGAGGCCGUCAGUCUCUUAUUUCACAAAGGUAUAUUUAAACCGCCCCACGAAUCUUCGUCUUUCCCAUACCUACACUUGGCGGCAAGACUGGGACAUAAAAUGAUUUUGAAUAUGUUGCUUCAAGAACGUCCUUUGGAUAAUGUGCCAGCAGUUUUCAAUUAUAAAUCGGCCGGCGAUCGUUACAAAGACAGCAAAAUUGCAGACGACAAAGAAUCGGGCGAUUUCAAGCAGACAGCCUUGGAUUUAGCGGGGAAAAGUGGUCACGUCGGAUGUGUGAAAACUAUUCUAGACCACUGUCAUGGGAAAUUUGUGCAAGGAAAAAAAUUCAAAGGCAACGAGGCUUAUAUUGAGAUGGCGUGUCAGCUCGACUCUCCCUACGCUCUUUGCUCCCUUUUAUCAGACCAUCCCUCGGAUGAAGAAAUCAAAAGUGCAGUGGGUGCCGCUUUGAAAAACGCCAGACCAGAGUGUCUGGACGUGCUGUUACGACUGCGGACAGAUCUGUCCACAUUAUUUGAAGGAAUGAACUUGUUUCACGUCCUGUAUUCCUACACCUUGUCUUUUGACAAGAAGUGGUACGAACGGCUACUUGCUGUGACGACAAUUUUAAUUAAGCAUGGACAUAAUGUUGGAGCUUCGAUACCUUUCCGCACCUAUCCUUUGUACAGUCUUCUUUCUCACUCGGCAUGUCAUGAUUUUGACAAUUCCUCAAACUACAUCAUUGCUUGUUCCCUGUUGCUGCACAAUGCAGGAGCGGAUCCUAACUUCGAUGAACUUCAGUUUGAAAAAGAUUUUGAGGACAUGCGGAUAAGGUCUGCUUUUGGGAGAUGUGCCUUUUCCUCGGGGUUACAUUGCUUAUUUCAAACUGUCGAACAUUAUGCCACUCAAAUGCAGGGAAACCGAUAUUUAAAGGUAUAUAUGAGCAAAUGUGCUGCAGUUUUACUCAAACAUGGAUGCAACCCAAAUUACGUUGGGGAAAUCGACAGUUCCACAAACCAAUCGGGAAACAGUUUACAUGCCCUCUGCCGAACGGUAGUUUUUACCGGUGUAGAUGACAAACUGAUCAAGCUUCUUUUACAGAAUGGGGCGGAUCCGAGUGUUAAAGUCGGUAGUGAUUUCCCUGUAACCGUGUUAACGGGUAAACUUCUAGAACUCGAUGAUGAGGAUCAGUGUCUUUUGCGAUCUACGGAUGUGGAACAUCUGAAAGUCAUGAUAAACGCAAUGACGCAAGGAGCGAUUCGAGAAAGCAUGGCAAUAAUGGACCAUGGGGUAAAAGAAAUGAAAACGUCCAUACCCCAAAAAGAUAAAAGGUUCCAAAUUUACGACAAGGUUCAUAUGUAUUGCUCGGAGUUGGUCUCAGAUGUGUGGAAUUUAAAACGGAUUUGUAUGCAGAGAAUUUUGAGUUUGUGUGACAGAAAAGUGACCAGCAUUUUGAAGUUGCCACUUCCAAUGGCUCUUAAAAUGAACAUUGUUGAGUUUCAGUGAGAGUUGUCCUCCUUUUGCCGUUAAUUCAAGAUCUGCAUGAAAUAAAUUACUGUAUGCCAACUGUUCAAUUAACUGGAGAACUAAUGCUAUCAAAGUUUCGUUGAUGAAACAUGAAAUAUAAUUAAAAAGAUAAAAAAAAAAUUGACACAGAAUUAUGUUCACCAUUGGUGCUUUCUAACAAACUUUUCAAAGCAAGUACCUGCGCUUUAAUGAAUUGCUUUAUUUUGAUA